AUGGUCACUGCCCCUCCACCAGGCUUCCUGCCGGAGGAGUUUCCUUCCCAGCCAGGCUGGCCCAGAAGCCAGAUGGUCCUGGGACAGGCCCAGCCCCAGAGCCCAGAGAUGCUGCUGCUGCCCCUGCUGCUGCCCGUGCUGGGGGCGGGGUCCCUGAACAAGGAUCCCAGUUACAGUCUUCAAGUGCAGAGGCAGGUGCCGGUGCCGGAGGGCUUGUGUGUCAUCGUGUCUUGCAACCUCUCCUACCCCCGGGAUGGCUGGGACGAGUCUACUGCUGCUUAUGGCUACUGGUUCAAACGAUGGACCAGCCCAAAGACGGGUGCUCCUGUGGCCACAAACAACCAGAGUCGAGAGGUGGAAAUGAGCACCCGGGACCGAUUCCAGCUCACUGGGGAUCCCGGCAAGGGGAGCUGCUCCUUGGUGAUCAGAGACGCGCAGAGGGAGGAUGAGGCAUGGUACUUCUUUCGGGUGGAGAGAGGAAGCUAUGUGAGAUAUAAUUUCAUGAACAAUGGGUUCUUUCUAAAAGUAACAGCCCUGACUCAGAAGCCUGAUGUCUACACCCCCGAGACCCUGGAGCCCGGGCAGCCGGUGACGGUCAUCUGUGUGUUUAACUGGGCUUUCAAGAAAUGUCCAGCCCCUUCUUUCUCCUGGACGGGGGCUGCCCUCUCCCCCAGAAGAACCAGACCAAGCACCUCCCACUUCUCAGUGCUCAGCUUCACACCCAGCCCCCAGGACCACGACACCGACCUCACCUGCCAUGUGGACUUCUCCAGAAAGGGUGUGAGCGCACAGAGGACCGUCGGACUCCGUUUGGCCUACGCCCCCAAAGACCUUAUUAUCAGCAUUUCACAUGACAACACGUCAGCCCUGGAACUCCAGGGAAACGUCAUAUAUCUGGAAGUUCAGAAAGGCCAGUUCCUGCGGCUCCUCUGUGCUGCUGACAGCCAGCCCCCUGCCACGCUGAGCUGGAUCCUGCAGGACAGAGUCCUCUCCUCGUCCCACCCCUGGGGCCCCAGAACCCUGGGGCUGGAGCUGCCCGGAGUGAAGGCUGGGGAUUCAGGGCGCUACACCUGCCGAGCGGAGAACAGGCUUGGCUCUCAGCAGCGAGCCCUGGACCUCUCUGUGCAGUAUCCUCCAGAGAACCUGAGAGUGAUGGUUUCCCAAGCAAACAGGACAGUCCUGGAAAACCUCGGGAACGGCACAUCCCUCCGGGUCCUGGAGGGCCAAAGCCUGCGCCUGGUCUGUGUCACCCACAGCAGCCCCCCAGCCAGGCUGAGCUGGACCUGGGGGGAACAGACCGUGGGCCCCUCCCAGCCCUCAGACCCUGGGGUCCUGGAGCUGCCUCGGGUUCAAAUGGAGCACGAAGGAGAGUUCACCUGCUACGGUUGGCACCCGCUGGGCUCCCAGCGCGUCUCUCUCAGCUUCUCCGUGCACUGCAAAUCAGGGCCCAUGACAGGGGUGGUUCUGGUGGCUGUUGGGGAGGUGGCUAUGAAGAUCCUGCUUCUCUGCCUCUGCCUCAUCCUCCUCAGAGUGAGGUCUUGCAGGAGGAAGGCAGCAAGGGCAGCAUUGGGCAUGGAGGCUGCAGACGCCGUCACGGACUCAUCUCCAGGUGAGUGUCGUGGGCCUCUUACCCUCCAACAUCCCGCUGGACACCUCCCCCUCGAUGGCCCCAAGGACUGCUCCACUCAACUUGGCCAUAACUAACUCGUCACCUCCCUUUCCAAGCCCACUUCUCUUGUUGAGAGCCCCAUCCCUCUGAUGACAUGGUAGCCCCAUCUCUUAAUGUCAGAACCCGGGUGUGGGUGUCCACCUUGACCUCCCUCCCUCCUCCAGAUCCCAUAAAUCACUAGCACUUGUCCCUCCUCCUAAGUACAGGUCACCUUGGAGCCCUUUUCUCCAUCCUGGCCCCGGUCAUGCCUGGGCCUCACCUCUUCCCUGGUCGCUGAACCCACCUCACCUCUUGCCUCCAUCUCUCCCAACAGACUCCAGACUGCUUCCAGAUGCCUCCUCAUCCAGUUCCUCCACAGUCUGAGCGGCCGUGUUUCCUCUGCAGGCUUUGCAUGGUCUGUCUCCUGCUGGACUCUCCUGAUCCCUCCUUACCCUGUGUCACCCAACAUCUCCCCAAACCCUCCGGGCCAAGGACUCUGCGGCUCUUGACACUUCGCACGUGUAGUUUCUUCUCCUGAAACACCCUUCCCUCCUGCCAAACCACGUCUGGACCCUCCUUCAGGUUCAAUUUUUUUUUUUUUUUGAGACACAGUCUCACUUUGUCACCCAGGCUGGAGUGCAGUGGCGCAAUCUCGGCUCACUGCAACCUCUGUCUCCCAGGUUCAAGCGAUUCUCAUGUCUCAGCCUCCUGAGUAGCUGGGAUUAUAGGCGCCCGCCACCACGCCUGGCUCAUUUUUGUAUUUUUGGUAGAGACAGGGUUUCACCAUGUCGGCCAGGCUGGUCUUGAACUCCCGACUUCAGGUGAUCCGCCAGCCUCGGCCUCCCAAAGUGGUGGGGUUACAUGUGUGAGCCACCGUGCGCAGCCAGCUGUGUCUUCUUUUUGCAGGAUUUACUUACAAAAGUCCUUGCAGCUGCAGUCUGCGUUCCACCCACAUCCUAAUAUGGUGUUUGCGGUGGUCACAUCCAACUUCCUGCCUCCUCCUUCCGUGGAACGUGCAUUAGGGAGGAACCACACGCACCACGUGCAAGAUGAGCCAGUUCCCUGAACGGCCGGCCACGGCGUUAACCGCGCUGCUCUGGGCUCUGCACGUCUCAUCUGCUGAGGCGCAUUACUGCAUCUUUCAUGCAGAACUUGCUUUCCAUGCCUCACAUCUCCACAUGUGUGGGGAUAUGUCCUGAGAAAUGCACGGUUAGGUGAUUCUGUCGUGUGAGCAUCCUUGAAUGUGCUUACACAGUCGUAAAUGGUACAGCCUACCACAUGCCGAGGCUAUACGGUAUAGCCCAUUGCUCCUAGACUAUACACCUGCACGGCAUGUUCCUGUAGUGAAAGCUGUAGGCAAUUAUAACGCAAUGGAUAGGUUAGUUAAAGACAGAGUUUUAGUAAAAAUAUGGCAUAAUAGGCCAGGCGUGGUGGCUCACGCCCGUAAUCCCAGCACUUUGGGAGGCCAAGGCAGGCGGAUCACAAGGUCAGGAGUUUGAGACCAGCCUGGCCAAUAUGGUGAAACCCAGUCUCUACUAAAAAUACAAAAAUUAGCCGGGUGAGGUGGCGGGCGCCUGUAGUCCCAGCUACUCGGGAGGCUGAGGCAGAAGAAUCAUUUGAACCAGGAGGUGGAGGUUGCAGUGAGCCGAGAUCGCAUCACUGCACUCCAGCCUGGGCGACAGAGCAAGACUCUCAAAAACUAAAACAAAAAAACACCACCACCACCACCAAUGUCUGAUUAAAUCUAAGCCACGGUUCCAUUUUGGGGCAAGGGGCAGGGUGUGGGUGUGGUGGACAGAGAACGGGCUCCAGCCACCAUCAGCUGCACGUCCUGGUAGCACCUGAGCCACUCCCAGUCUCCUGUGCCGGGAGAUCAUCAUCUAAUCCUGAUGACCACGCCCUCCUCUCAGAGCUCGGGGGAUGAGCUGCCAAAACCCACGGAGGUUCAAAACCCGGGCUCUGGAGACAGAAGACACUGGGCUCAGAGACAUGGGGCCACUGUCCAGGCUUUCCCUGGGCCUGGACCUGGGCUCCUUCCACUGUCUGAGCAGGGUCAGCCUGGGCUGGCUGUGCUGGUUCAAGAGAUGAGGGAGGAGGACACAGCGGUUGCCAGGACCCUGAGGCACUGGACUGGGCACUGCCCCAAGGGGCAGAGGAUGGAACCCGGUGUUGAUAUUGUGAUGCUGACCCAUCUGCUCACCUGAUUUGGGUGCUGAAGGGCAGCUGACCCCCCUAAUCUUUUAUAGACUUGUGAAACGAAAAUAAAUAAAAGUCAAGCUGGGAACAGCUUAGGGCAAACCUGCCUCCCAUUCUAUUCAAAGCCACCCCUCUGCUCACUGAGAUAGAUGCAUGUCUGAUCACCUCAGUUUGGAAAGGCUAAUCAGAAACUCCAAAGAAUGCAUCUGUUCAUCUCUCACCCAUCUGUGACCUGGAAGCCCCCUCCCCACUUCGAGUCUUCCUGCCUUUGCUUCAAGUUUUCCCGCCUUUCCAAAUGGAACCAAAGUACUUCUUACAUACAGUGACUCAUGUCUCAAGUCUCCCUAAAAUGUAUAAAACUAAGCUGUGCCCCAACCACGCUGACCAUGUCAUCAGGACCUCCUGAGGCUGUGUCACGGCCUGUGUCCUCAACCUUGGCAAAAUAAACUUUCUAAAUUAA